CUCAACUGAGGGACUGAGUGAGUGAGACACAAGGAGGUUAAGAAAAACAGACAGUGGAAAGAAGGACAUGUGAUAGUAAAGGACUAACUGAAGAGUGACAUUUCCACUUUGUAUGGGAGGCAGGAAACCAGACAACUACCUGUGGAGAUGGGAAGUACAACCCUCCCAGUGUACCUCAAUGUGAGUGCAGUGAUGACCAACUCGUCAUCAGACCCAGCUAAGAAUGAGGAGGCUUACAGUGAGGCAACCAUGAUCCUGCUGGGCAUGGUCAUGUCCUUACUCGUCCUGGCCAUUGUCUUUGGCAACAUCCUGGUCAUAACAGCCAUCGCCCGCUUCCAGCGUCUCCAAAAUAUUACCAACUGUUUCAUCACAUCCCUGGCCUGUGCUGACCUGGUCAUGGGUCUCGUCGUGGUUCCUUUCGGCGCCUGCUACAUCAUCUUUAAGACCUGGCACUUUGGCAGUUUCUGGUGCGAGUUCUGGACUGCGACUGAUGUGCUCUGCGUGACUGCAAGCAUCGAGACCCUGUGUGUCAUAGCCAUUGAUCGUUAUUUGGCCAUCACCUCUCCCUUCCGCUACCAGUCGAUGCUGACCAAGUGCAAGGCUCGCAUUGUGGUUGUGCUGGUGUGGGUGAUUGCCGCCUUGACGUCUUACCUGCCCAUCCACAUGAAGUGGUGGACAGCAAGUGAUAACAAUACGAAGGAAUGCAUUGCGGACAUUAACUGCUGCGAGUUCGACACCAACAUGGCUUACGCCAUCACCUCCUCCAUCAUCUCCUUCUACAUCCCUGUGGUCAUCAUGGUCUUUGUCUACAGCCGCGUUUUCCAGGAGGCCAAGCUCCAACUGAAGAAGAUUGACCAAAGCGUUGGACGUUUUCAAAACAGCGACAACAGCAACCUUCAAUCUCUGGAGGCCAACAACGGGCGUGGCCACAAGAAGGUCAAGUUUUGCCUGCGGGAACACAAAGCCCUAAAGACACUGGGCAUCAUCAUGGGGAUCUUCACUCUUUGCUGGUUGCCCUUCUUUCUGCUCAACGUGGUGGUGGCCAUAUGGAAGGUAGAGGGAACUGAAGUCACCUUUAGGAUACUCAACUGGAUAGGUUACGCAAACUCUGCCUUCAACCCGCUCAUUUACUGCCGGAGUCCCGAGUUCAGGUAUGCCUUCAAGGAAAUCCUCUGCAUGAAGAGGAACCGGCUCAGCAACCCGGGGCCAGUGAACGGAUACGUCUACAGCAGGCACAGCUGGCAGAGCGAGCAGCAAGGGAGGAGUAAGGGCAGCUUGGAAGACAAUGACAUUAAUGAAGGGUGUCUGGGGAAGACACAGGGGGUCUGCAGUGUUGUGGACAGAGCAGCGGACCCCAACGGGAAUUGCAACAAAGGCCUAUCGACUGUAACGACCGUCCUUUAAACUUGGAGCCCUGAGACUUCCUGUCAACAGGGAGACCCGGACAUGUUUACACUGCAGUCAUGAACUUUUUGACUAAUGAAGGUAAGGCCAGUCAAACUGGCUGGUAGAGACUGAUUUACAGAAACUGUAAUAUACAUGUUCAGCAGAGGGAAGUAUUUCUCUUUCAACACAGUGAGCAAAUACUGUAGGUAGAUCACUUUUCCUUUUUGUUACAUUUCCCAUGUUUAACUUUCAUCUACCUCAUCACAUCUUUUUCAUGUGUUUCUUAACUCACUGUCCACAAGAGUUACACUCGGGCAGUAUCUCAGCUGUUUAUUUACUCUACUAAAUGAUCUGUUCAUUAUAUAAUUGCUAAUUAUCUGGCUCAGAUUAAAUUUGUGGCCAUGUUUCUUGUCUCCGAGUUCUUGGCAAAACACCCCGCAAUUUAUUACCAUAAAAAUGUUUUUGAAAUUCAAAGUAAGUGUUGUUGGAGGCUGUAAAUGUCCCAUCGGACAUGCCAAUUCGGCACGAAUAGAGAGUCAUUUUUUCCAUCAGAGAAUGGAUGAGGAGCAUGCAAGUAUUACCCUUUAUGCCUCUUUGGUGCUUUGUUUGAAGAGAUACAUUCCAAGUCAACCAAAAUCAUGAUUUAUUUUAGUUUUUUACUCUAUUUAUGUUUUUUUGAUUGAUUGUCUCAGUGUGAAAGACAAUGAUAAUGAACAGGUGUGGUAGAACCUCUCUCUCUCUGUCUCGCUCCUCACUGCUCAGCAAUGUGGUGAAGCCCUGCUGCCUGCUCUAGUGUUUUACAGCCUGCUGCAUGGGUGUUCCUCUUGCCAGCAGAUUGCACCAGAGGUAUGAAGUUAUCUAUAUCUCACUGGUGCGAGCUGAGAAACGCCUGGGGCCAUCCUCGAAAACUUGCAAGUUUGUAUAUGUUGUAUCAGCCAGAUUCCACUGUGAGCCCUAAAGAUGUAUAAUAUCUUUAAAGCAGAUGACAUCAAUGUGGUUAACCCUGGUUAUUGAUCUUUAACGCCUGCACCUGUUACACAAAUAAAUUCACGGUGUUUAACAAAGUUUUCUACCACACAGCCUACCAGUCAUAUUCUGCAUUCAGUCCGCUGGUUCAUUUGCGUAACAUGUAAACUGGUAUUUGAUACAUUAUAAAGCCAUUAAGGCAAACUAUGAGUCUUUCUUGUCCCCUCUAUGUGGCGGUAGCAACAGUAACAGUCCAUUUUGUUGCACAGUUUUGUUUAUUAAAAUGUGUGGUUGCUGUGUUUCAGCAUCUGGUGUUUACUGAAACCAGAGAAGCUGUUUCCUCAGUCAUGGCACAAGGGUACAAUCACAUACUAAACAGUGCGUCGAAAUAGCUGAGCAAUAACAGCGUUCCAGGCCAGAUACUUGUCUUGACUACUCAGACGCCGAUAAACGGAGAUGAGAAAAACAGUCCUGAGCAGUGCACCUUUGUGUCUGCUCCCUGACAUUUCCCAGAGUCUCCUCACUGUAAACGGAUGUCUGGAUCUUUGUGAAUUCCAUCUGACAUUUGCAUAUGUGAGCAGUGCCUCAGCUGUUCCAGUUGUUUCAGUCAGUUUCAGUCAGUCUCCAGGAAAUGCCCCCAAUCCAGCUGAGCCCAGCACAAUAAACUCAAAUAAAUCCAUUAUCUCUACCAUUUAGCUGGAGAAUCAGUUAACUCCCUCUUGUUCCUUAGGGAACACUGAAAUAGAUUAGUACAUUAUAAAGUACACAGUUCCCAAUUUGCAUAAUGCGAUUUGAUGAGAUCCAUAGGGCCAACCUGAAAUGAGACUCUCUUUCUUAUCUCCCGUCUUAAGGUCGCGGGCUCUUGGGACAUUUUGACGUUGGCAAGCAAUAAUGGAAUAUUAGCGCUUCACAUGCAGGUGCUUCAAUUGGAGAAUUCACCCACUUUUCCCACACUAGGUGACAGGUGUAAGCCCCUUUCAAAGUGACAGCAUGCUAAAUGUGGCUAUAGAAGGCGGAGGGGGGGAGCAGGGGCUCACUGCCAGUCUAAAUCGGUGUUAGUGACCUGUGUUUUAGUGCAUGUAGUGUUGCCUCUAGUCAGCUGACUCGAGUCAAAACUGUGAACUUUGUUCCCUCAGAGGAAUCCAUAUGUACUGUAUCGCUAGAUUUGGUCAGCGCCGUUGUCACUGACCGCAGGAAUAGAUGUAAAUAUGUUGUCAUCUUACGUCAGUGUUUGACAUGUGAAAAACAAGCUUUCCGUUUGUUGAUCUUUUUUGCUGUUUUUCUUUUUCGUGGAUUUACAGCAAAGUAAAUGCAGGGGUUGAAUGUCAUAAAAAAAUGUUCUCCAGGUUGUUGUUUCUUUCCUCUAGCAUUUUCACUGUACAGCACGCACAAAGCACAAAACAGAUAACGAUUCUAGACCAAGAUUUGUGCUAUAUGACCAUUGUGUUUACUCUAUUUACUCUAAAUUGAUGAGUCACUGCUGGAUUUGAAAAAAAAAAGAAAAAAGGUUAAAAGGUCUGUCCUUUAAGAAGCACUUUGCAUGUGAUGGUUUGUAUGUCUGCUAUAUAUAAUUGUGUUGAUGUGUUUGUGGACUAUGGUGCCACUUCCUUUCAAAGUGAUCUGUUUGAGUCCAAGAGAAGCAGGUUGUGAACUAUACGUCCACACUGCUCCCUCCUGGCAGUGGCCUCUCCUUGCACUUCAGCUGUCUCAGAGGUAUUAAUGGUACUGUUUCAUCAAUGCCCCUGUAAUAACAGAGAAUGUUAUGUACAUCUUCACCUCCUCAUGCUGGAGGACACAACAGAGUUAUGUGCAAUGAGUCUUGAAUCCUUAAUUGACGCUAGAACAUUCCAAGUACAGCUGAUGGUUUGUCUACUGAUGCACACAAUGAACAUUCAGAUCUCCCAAUGAAGUUUAUCCCUAGAUCACCCGUCGUGUCCACUGGCACCAACUCUGCAUACAUGGAAGGUUAUUUUAAAAGUGGAUUCUGGGUUAAAGACAAGUCUUAGAGAAUAUAUUACAACGUGUGGUGUAUAUCUUUAAUCCUGUCUAUAUUUUAAUAUGAUCCAGGCUAAGGUGGGCUAAUGCUAAUGCUAAUGCUAUCCUCACUGAUUCAUUAUUGUUCCUAUUUCCUACAAGUCACAUUACCCCCCCCAUAAAAAGCUCGCCAUGAUUUAGAUUAGGAUCGUUCGCUAACGAAGCACUCAAUGGCACUUUCACGAAACAUUUGCAACAAAAAAAAAUGUUAACAAUUGAAUCCACGUUUGAGUUUGUGAACUAUAAACAAUGACUGGCUGCAGAGUUCACUUGUGCCAUAAUAUUUUUGUGAAAGUCCUCUUUCCUGUUUGCGACUAUAAAAGCGAGAAUCAUGAGAAACUGCAAAGUCUCAGCACAGACGCUGUUGAAGGUGGACUGUCCUGAUAAAUUGAGAAUGUUAUUUCUCUGUGAAAGUUAAAUAUACUGCUUUAGUCAUCAUAUGAAAAACAAACCUAUUACAUGUGAACUGUUUUGUUUUGUCUUCGAGUGAAAGAAGUCGUCACUCAGCUGAAUGUUUACUAAAUGUUUGCAGUGUUUGUUUUUGCACAAGUUGUUGUCACUGUUUGUUAAGGUAAUGAAGCCUGUUACAACAUGUGGUGUCCUGUGGUAUUUAUGAAAAAAACGCAAGUGUAAGUGUUGUAACAUUUGUAUUGAAAUAAAUGAUGUACAUGUUGCUUGUACUGUUCUCAUUGAUGUGUCCUCUAUGACAAUGAGUACCAUCUCUACAAUACGAAGAACUUGAAGAAUAAGGUAUGAGCCGCCUUAAUGCAUCAGGCCUGCACACUGACAGCAGUUAAAUCUAUUUCAGUAUGGGAAAAGCAGUCAUCAGCACGGGAUCCAGAUGGAAUGAUGGACAGGAAGGAGAUCGGGAUAUUGUGAAAAUGUUUCCACUCUCCUGUUGAAACUGCAUGUCUGCCCAAUGCUCCGAGUAACAGAGCAGCAAAUUCUAUUUCAAAAAGGGUUUUUAAUGUUCAUUUUAAGCAUUCAAAUAUGUUCAUCUGCUGAAUGAAGAUUAGAAGCCUAAAAUGUAGUUAUAAUUAGGAAUGCUGAAAUCCAUGAACAGAGCAACUUAUCCAGCAGGUUUUGAAAAUCAGUUAAUACAUCAGGAUGUCAUGGAUAACAAUGAUAUCGGACGCUUACCUUUAACAACGUAUGCUCCUCAUAACAAGUCAUACUUUAUGGAACAUAUUCUCUGUUAUAUCUUUCGCCUUCUCUGCCUCUUUAUCUGUCACACUUUCAUUCUCUUUGGGAAAAUGAUUAUCUGGCUUGUUACCCUUUUGUGAGGAUGAAUGUGAGUUUUCCUUUUCUUACUUAUAUCUACUAGCUCACAUAAAAACAACGCUGUUCUUACUUUUCUUCUACAUUCACCAUCAACUGAUGAGGAUGGUGACUUUUAACUUGAGACCUGUUAGCUUUAGCCUCAGUCUUUCAGCACAAUAUCACCCAUGUAGGCAUCCAGUCAAUAUUAAUGAUCCCUUUAUAGGGAUUUUUAAAAAGUCAGCCAGCGAAUCCAAUACAUGACGCAUGAUGUUGGCUGAAUUAGCUAGCUGGCCACGGCUGAUAAAACCUACUACAAGUCGACAGUUCAAUCA